GCACUAUCAGCCCACUGAGUUUCUCGCCGGAACUUCUCAGUGAGUCGCGUUUUCGAUCCGGUGGUAGAUUCUGCGAAGCACUGCUCUUGCCAGUGUUAGCAACACUCCGGUUUGAGCCCCGUGAGCUCACCUACAUGUCAGGGCGAAGCUGAAAUAGCCUCUCAAGGCUAUCAGCAUAGAAGUAACAACUAUGUUAAUAAAAAAUCUUGUCUAUUUUUAUAUCUUGAAUAAUCUCUUGUAGUUUAUCAUUUACAUGAAAAUAAUUUACUGAUGUUGGGGCGUAUUGUAAGCCCACACGGGUAGGUAUCGCUGGACUGCCUAUUUCUGCCGCCAAGCUGUCAUUUGUUCCGGUUUGAACGGUUACAGCCGUCAUCGAACAUAGGUAUCAGAUUGGAUGAAUCCUGUUCAAAAUCAAUUUGAAGACCAGCAAUCAACGCCGGUUUACGAUUUAUUAAAAUCGGUCAUGGAUCACGAUACAGAUCUUCAAACAUCGACGAGCGUUUACGAAUCCUACAAAAACGACGGAAAGAUCCGUGAAAACAAUGAAAUAUCUACGGAUGCAUUGAAAACGAAACUUGAAAAUACGAUUAGGAAUUCAAAAAUACUAGCGGAGACAUUGAAAACACAGAUCGACGUUAUAACAGCCCGGGAGAAUGCGUUGAAAGACGCCAUCGCAAAUGGCAGGUUUGGGGUGACAUUGGCGACGGUUUCGACUCUGGGUCAAGUACCCCGUUCGUACAUAAUCCGCGACGGACGAUGGACUCUCUGCACCUCGCAGAUACAAACAUCAGCGGAACCUUUAACAGGACCGCGAUGUACUGGACAAGAGGUAUCAGUCAAGCGAGACCCGUGCGCCUUUAACUCUGUUAUUAAAUACGAAACGAUACCGACACAGCGACGACUGUUGUACGUUGAGGAUGACUAUUUAUGUUUGAAGACGAACUUCAAGGACACGCUCGAGCGAUAUCUGAGCGUCACGACACGAAUCCUCAAUGAAACUUGCGUAAAUGGUACACUAAGGAGUCUUGCUGAUAACGUAUUGGAGUGCGGUAUAAGGACUCUGACGGAAUACACCUUUUAUCCUCAAGGAAGCUCUUCUUUUAAGCUGCCCCUUGAAUACUGCGCGGAAGGAGACCGUUCUUGUAAAUUGAUCGUCGCAUGGCACAUUUCCAAUGCAACCAUAGAGAAUUUUGAAUUCUUUAAAAACGAACAGGAAUUCAAGAACUAUUUUAUGAAAUCCGGACCGUAUUUUAAUCGUAUUUUUUAACAAAACAAAUUUGAGUAUCGAUUACAUAAUUAAUCGAUAAUGCGAUUGAUUUUUAAUUAGAAAUCGGAAUAGAAAAAAAAAACAAAAUACUUAUGUAAAAAAUUUGCAAUAUAAAAAGCGGGGUUUCUCUUGUAUGAAAUAAAUGAUUAUUUUUGUUUUUUAA